GUAAAUGCUGCCGGCCCUCGACAACCUUUUUCCUUGUUUUCAUAAUCGAACACUCACUGAUACUUUUAAUGUUUGAGUUUUGGAGUUUCUACUUUUAGAGCUGGGUCGCAACUCGGAAGUCAGGAUCAAAGAACCCAGAGAAAGAACAGAGAGAAAGUCAACGGAGUGUAAAUGGAGUCACCAUUCAAGGCUGAUAUAGUAAAAGGCAAAGUAGCUUUGGUGACAGGAGGUGGCUCAGGAAUUGGAUACGAGAUUUCAUUGCAACUUGGGAAACAUGGCGCCUCUAUUGCGAUCAUGGGGCGACGCAAACAUGUUAUUGACUCUGCUGUUGCUGCUCUUCAUUCCCAAGGCGUCCCUGCUAUUGGGCUUGAGGGAGAUGUUAGAAAAGACGAUGAUGCAGCUAGAGUUGUGGAAUCAACUUUUAAGCAUUUUGGCAGGCUUGACAUCCUUGUGAAUGCUGCAGCUGGAAAUUUCCUUGUGCCUGCCGAGUAUUUAUCUCCCAAUGGCUUUCAAACAGUAAUUGAUAUAGAUACCGUUGGCACUUUUAGAAUGUGCCAUAAGGCACUGAAGUAUCUUAAGAAAGGGGGACCCGGGAAGGACCCAUCCACUGGUGGAGCAAUAAUAAACAUAAGUGCAAUUUUGCAUUAUGGAGCAACAUGGUACCAAAUUCAUGCGUCUGCUGCCAAGGCAGCUAUUGAUAGCGUUACCAGAAGCUUGGCGUUGGAGUGGGGGACAGAUCAUGACAUUCGAGUCAAUGGGAUUGCACCAGGGGCUGUCGAUGACACUGCUGGUGUCACUAAACUUGCACCUGAGGAGAUGCUGAGCAAGAUUAAAGAGAAACCGUUGUACAAAUUUGGGGAGAAAUGGGAUAUUGCUAUGGCUGCUCUCUAUCUUGCAUCUGAUGCAGUGAUACUCGAUGCCUUAGGAAGACCUGGCUCAAGAUCUUGUAUCCGGUCAUUGGAUGAUCUGGAUUUCUUGAUAGAUAGUUUAUGAAGUCUGACUCUAUGGGGAACAUUCUGAUCUCUGAGUUAAUUGCCAUCCAUCCUGGUGGUACUCUACCAUUUCCUCCAUUCCCUUAAUUUGUGGUUUAAGCUUAAAUUACACGGGAAACCUCAUCCUGAAAUAACCUCACAUAUGAUGGUAGCCUAGUUGCUUAACUAAUUAUUGGUAUGCACAUUGCUUGUGAGUGGAUUUGGUAGCAGAUGCUAAGCGGGAAAAACUAGUGGAGGAAGAAUGUUAUUCUAUGCUUGGUCUCUCUUGCUACUAAUAAUAUCAUAAUCACUGGAUAAUGUUGAUGUUAAUAAGUGCACCAUGCUAACUUGACGAAUAUUUUGUGAAAGUCAGGUAGGCUAGUUAAGAAAAUUCUGACCACCUUCUGCCUUAUGUUACUGUUUUGGUUUGAAUUUUUUGGCCAAAUAUGUUGUGCAAAACGGUAAACUUCUCUGGUGAUUUAUUUUCCGGUCCUUGUGCAAUAAACUGUCAACCUUUACCAUGUGAAGACAAUUCAUAACCUUUGAAAUAUUAACGAGCUCUUCAUUUUCUGCAUCAACAUUCUGCACUUUUUACUUUUAUCUGGUUGUCUCAGUUUGUCUUGGUUUCCUUCCAGUUGUUUACUUACACAAAACACUGCAUCUUUGUAAUGC